AGAGACCAGCUGAUCAUCACGGAUAGAAAGUCGGACAAGAUCACGACCAUCACCUCCAUCUAUGCUUCUAAUCCUGCACCGACAAAAUACCAAAUAUCUGUAUUGCAUGCGUAGUUUAAUAAAUUAUCAGGAAAUAUUGAAUUUCAGUAUUUGUUUACAUAAACUGGGAUAAAGUGAAGAUCGUAGUCAUCGACCAAAAGACGCGAAGAUGUCUGGGAAAGACAGGAUCGACAUAUUCCCCUCCAGAAUGGCUCAGACCAUUAUGAAGGCUCGUCUGAAAGGAGCACAAACUGGCCGCAACCUCCUGAAGAAGAAAUCUGAUGCCCUCUCCAUGCGCUUCCGCCAGAUUCUUCGUAAAAUUAUCGAAACUAAGACCAAGAUGGGAGAGGUGAUGAGAGAGGCGGCCUUCUCUUUGGCUGAGGCUAAAUUUACUGCUGGUGACUUUAGCACAACCGUAAUCCAGAAUGUCAACAAAGCCCAGGUCAAAGUCCGAGCCAAGAAAGACAAUGUGGCAGGUGUUACCCUACCUGUUUUUGAGCACUACCAAGAAGGAGGAGACAGUUAUGAGCUGACUGGUUUGGCCAGAGGAGGAGAGCAGCUGUCCAGGUUGAAGAGGAACUACGCUAGAGCUGUUGAGCUGCUUGUGGAAUUGGCCUCCUUACAGACAUCAUUUGUUACUCUGGAUGAAGCCAUAAAGAUAACCAAUCGCCGUGUAAAUGCUAUUGAGCAUGUGAUUAUUCCCCGGAUUGAUCGCACCCUCACCUACAUCAUCACAGAACUGGAUGAGAGAGAACGAGAGGAGUUUUACAGGCUGAAGAAGAUCCAGGAGAAGAAGAAGCAGCUUAGGGAGAAGACGGAACUUGAGAUUGCUGAACGUUUGGCCAAGCUCGGUCCCAUCGCAGAGCCCGCCAACAUGCUGACGGAGGAGGCGGACGAAGACCUGCUGUUUGAGUGACAUGCUCAUCUGUGAUCUCACUGACUCGAUCCAUCGUCAUAUUUAUUCUGUGCCUCUCAGGCCACGUCUAUGUCUACUCAUGCAAGUGAUGAGAGUUGGGGUUUUUUUUUGUGUACGUGUUAUGUCUGUGAUGAUUUGUCACAUUGUUUCAGUGCUGGAUACUGUGUUUCCAGAUUUGUCACUAUAAAGAGCCGAAGUCUGAUCACACGAGGGACUCAGUUCACUGUUGAAUCACUAUAAUAAAACUAAUAUUAAGAGAAAUUAUUAAGUACGUUUACACAUGCCUUGGAGGUCAAAUAUAAGAAUCAUUCUGUGUGAUUGGAUCAACUUGUAGAUACUGUAUCUCAGCUUUAUUAUAUCGCAUGCUGUAAAGCUUAAGGUGGUUGUAGAUUUCAGAGUGUGUGAGUCUGUGUUGUGGAGACCCCAUCCUGCUGCUGACCUCGUACUGGGGGGUUAUUCUUACCUCAUUUGAGGUUGUUUACCAUGGCACCAGAACCCAUUUUGAUUUCCUUGUGUAAAAUUCAGUGUGAAAGUCAACAAGGCCUCGCGCUCCAUCUAAAUAAAGAUGUUCUCCAUAUCCAAA